UUCCAGUCUUGAUCCUCGGUGUGCGGACUAGUCUGCGAUGUCACAGUGGGGGCACCUCUGGAUGCCUACUUCUUGCAACCCGAAGUGAGGCAGCCUUCAAGCCGGACAACUAUCUACGUGGCGUCGACACUCAUCAAAUCAACGUGCGCAGAGGGAGAGUCCCUUGGAAGGGAUUUUGAUCAAGAGGGCGUUCCCUUAACGUGGCAUACGGCAAUGCGGAAGGAGAAUCCUACUCACAACCUCUGGUCACAGUCCAAUUGGGAGCAAAGAGGAUUUGAAGAUGUGGACUUAGUAUACUUGAAGGGAUUGCGCGGCCCGGAAAUGGCUCGCCCGACCUGUGAGUACGUGUCCUCAUUUGCUCAUGAUGGGAGCCUUCAAGGGACCACAUACACACCGAGAUGGACGCCUUGCGACCGAGGCAAAUAGAAAAAUUAAGAUCGCCAAGGAGAGACCGCACCUACUACGACCAGGGCGCUUUUGUCGCCUUGAGGUAGCUUGCUGGCCACAGCAUGAGUCUCAAAUGACAUAAGGCAGCGAGGCUGCGCAUGCACAAGUCUCUACUUUUAUCAGUAGCUCUUCUUUUUUUUUGCGUGACAGCUCAGCAAGCCAGUUUUCGACUUACUAGGGCACUGAGGGGAAAAGCGCUGAGCGCUCUUAUUCAAGACAUAGUUUGCGCACAUAAGCAGGUCUUUGCUCUUCAAGCUAAAGAUGUCUCACUCAAAGAAUGUUUAUCAUUCAGCGGAAGGCCAGGCAGGCUACAUUGGUUCGGUGCCGCAGCAGCAACAUCAGCCAGUAACGUCUGGCCGCCCGACUUGCCCAUACGAGACAUGCGUCAUCACAGACCCUACUGCCUCGCGGUUCGCUGUCAUGAUGUUGCAGUAUUUUAUGAAUAUUGCAAACGUCAACACGACAACGACACUGGAUCAAUUUGACUGCCCAGUGGCCAAGUGCAUGAAGCAGUUUACAGAGCCUCUGGAAUUUGUCAAGCAUCUCAUCAACUGCCCAGAACUCUCCAAAGGCGAGUUUGAAUGCAGAAAGUGCGAGACUUGGCAUAGAUUUCCUACAACAGAAAGAGGCUGGCUUGAAUUCUCUGGCUGGGAGAAGACGGUCGAGAAGAAGAAGCGAAGCAGCUUCACCGACAAACUCAAAGUGAUGGUGCGGUCUUCGCCCAAAUACGGCAGUACUCGAUCCUUGAGAAGCAGCUCGGAUUCGUGUGUUUCGCCAUCGGCGCAGUCCAAAGCCUCUUCGACGCCGAGCUCGGAGUUCUCUGCAGGAAGUCCUUUCGCAACUGUCGGCCCAAAGGAGUCCGAAGUCCCAUGGCGUUAUGAUGCAGACGCCUGGCCCACGGUGAUGCCGUCCCCUGGGAAGCCGCUGCAGGUUUCCACGGGUAACACAGGUGGCCAGGCGCAACAUCAUCUACCAGUCGUUCAGAUUCAGCGGCCCCAAGAUUUCCAGCAACCUCAGGAGCUUUGUGCCAUUAGCCGUGUUGAGCUUUGGGACACUGGAAUUCGCAGUGAACUUCCAGACAAUCCGCCAUCCAGUACUACAACUGCGUCUUACAAAGCGCAGGACUCGGCAUCGCGUUAUGAAGGACAAGCGUUUUGGCCCAUGGGCGCUCCUUCUUACGCAUAUGCCUUGGGGAGUGGCACAUGGACUUCUUUGGAAGGACAACUUGCUCAACACACAGCGCACCGCAAUAUCCAACACAGCAGCACCGACAGCCACAGCAGCGGCGACGUCUCCAUGGGGCUACUACAAACUACAAUGGCACCGUAUUUUGGCCCCAACCUGAGCGAGUCGCCCGUAGGCCUUGAUGUUGACCAGAGCGGUCCCGUCAAUGAGUUAUCCAGGAAGGAGGUCUCAUCCAGUCACACGGGAUCCUAUGAUUCCACCGGUUGGUCGUUCGCUAGUGCCCCAUCCCCGGGUGUGAGAGUGGAUUCCUUGCGCACAAACUCUAGCUCAGGAAGCUCAGUCGAGUCAUUCGAGUGUGUUGGUAUGGGAGACUGGGCCCCGAACGGCGAUCCGAUCUUCUCUACCUUUGAUCCGCAGAACGAGGGCCACCGGGCGGUCAUUCGAGCUCUACAGGAUUUCGACGGCUCUGCCCCCAAAAACCAAGAAUCCUGUCACUUUGAUCUCGGACGCCGCCACCAGUGGUACGAGAUGCCAGAGAUGGAAUCGGCGCCGGUGACGGGUCGAUUAGCGCCGGCCGCCGAAGGCACGGGCGAGGCCGAAGAGGAUGGCGACCUCACGUGCGGGCAUGAAAACUGCGACUUUCGACCCAGCGGCACCAAACUUCACAACUACCGCAAGUACCUGCACAAGCACAGGGAAACCCACAGGAGGGCGAGGUACGAAUGCGACCAGUGCCCGAGCGCUUACACCCGCUCCGACAACCUCAAGAAGCACAGGCGCGAGAAGCACAACAUCGAGGAGACGAGGGGAUAUGGCACGUUGCGCAUGUCGUCGCAGUACCGCCGGAGCCCGCGGAUCGCAGCUGCUGGGCAGGACGGUCUGGGCAGAAUCGACACUCUGAGAGUGUCCAAGUCCCCGAGGAGGUAGUUUGGGACGACACUGUAUCCAGAGAUGCAGUGUCGUGUGCUGUCUCGGUAUGGAGACUCAUAACUCAUCUACGCUACUAUCCAUGUCUCCUUUUCCAUGCACCUCUCACUGCGAUACUUUCCUCUGGACUAAUCUUUUUUUUUCUCUCUUUUAUAUUUCCCUUUUUCCCUACCUAUAUAUCCUAUUUCCUUAAUCUUGCCUUCCUUCAGCCAAUAGCUAUUUCGAGCUGGUUUCUCUUGGAGAGGGUAGCAAUUGGCUUUUCCUAGCUACUAAUUGUACGACUAAUACGACUUUUUUGGUCUCGUAUUCCUUGCUGACCCCUUGGCGGACCCCUCAUGAUGACGUUGACUUAAGGCCUGUACCACUCUGUGCACCCCAGCUUCACCUCUG